AUGGAAGUAGCUGAUGAACAGCAGGGAAGACUUCUUGCAGUGGAUUCAACUGCAACCUCUCUAAUUGUGGGCAAUCUAGAAGCGACUGUAACAGAGGAAGAACUGGUAAAAAGAUUCCAGUUAUAUGGUCCUCUAGCUUCCUGUCAUGUGAUCCUGGACAAAAUUUCUCAGAAGUCUUUGGGCUAUGCUUAUGUAAAUUAUGAAAAAGCUUGGCAUGCUGCCUUGGCUUUGCAGGUUCUGGAUGGUUGUACUAUGAAGGGCCAACCUCUUCGAGUGGCCAUCCAGCCCAAAGGGCCAAAAAUCAAUGCAUUAGAAGGAAAUCUGUUUAUAAAUCAUUUGGAUCCAUCCAUCACUAGUGAACAGCUUCACAUGAUGUUCUCUACCUGUGGAGCACUGAUAUCAGCCAGAGUCGCUACAUUGGACAAUGGUAUUUCUAAAGGCUAUGGAUAUGUUAGAUUUGUGUCUGAAGAGGAUGCCCAAAUGGCCAUACAAGUAUUUCAUGGCAGUGUAAUCAAUGAAAACAAGAUUUCUGUUACCCAGUUUGUCCCUCGCAGUGAACGCCAGUUUGUAGCUUAUAUCCCUGAUUUGGAUGAAAAGAAAAGAAAUUUUGUCAUAGACUUCAACCUAUCUGUCAUGCUUCAUCUCUUCAAGCUUCCUUUAUCCGUGGUAAAUAUUGUUUCUCAGCUUUUUGGCUUUUUUCCUCUUUUUAUGUAG